UUCAAAAACCCUGGAGGUCCUUGGACUGGAAUGAAGAUAAACAAAAUCUACUGACAGCAAUAAAGAUCUUCAAACCUACGAACUCAGAAGUUGGCACUCUGAGAAUUCUUCUGCAUGGGCCACAAGGUGCUGGAAAAUCUAGCUUUUACAACUCUGUGUAUAGUGCUCUACAGGGCAGAAUCACUACCAGAGCCCUGGCACAUGCAGUAGAAACUAAUCAGAGUUUCACUGUGAAAUCCAAAACAUAUAAAGUGAAGAAGGACAGCCCUGACUCCUCCUACUUUCCUUUUAAUUUCACCGACAUUGCUGGAAUGCACAAAGAAGAUAGAGGAAUACGUAGAGACGACAUCAUCAAAUUAUUAAACGGUCACAUCAAAAGUGGUUACACUUUUAACCCAUUAAAACCAAUUACCGAAGAAGACCCAAAGUAUAACAAGAACCCCACUCUGAAAGACAGGAUUCACUGUCUGGUUGCUGUUCUUCCUGCUCACACUGUUUCUUUGAUGGAUGACAGUAUAAUUGAGCAAAUGAGUGAUGUUCGUAAGGAAGCAAGAGACUUGGGCAUUCCUCAAGUCAUAAUCAUGACCAAGGUUGAUGAAUUAUGUCCACUAGUCAAAGAUGAUCUGAAAAGGAUCUACACAAGCAAAAUAAUAAAACAAAAGAUGCAAGUGUGUUCUGCCAAGCUGGGAAUUCCUGUGAACUGCAUUUAUCCGGUGAAGAACUACCAUGAGGAACGUACAAUUGAUGACACGAUAGAUAUUCUGACUUUAGACGCAUUGAAGAAUAUGAUCAACUUUGCUGAUGAAAAUUUGGAAGAUCAAGUAGACAGGGAUUAAUUGCCCCUUGAAUCUGUAAUGGGGCAUUCAUAUCAGGUGUGAAUUUGCAUCAUGGAAGGGGCUUCUGCCAGUUGAGUUCACGCAGCAUUUUGAUUUCAACCACCAUUUAUUCUGAUAAUUAAAAAAAAAAUUACUGUUAUAGUAUCAUGAAAUGUAGUUUUAAAAGUAUUUCAGGCAAGAAUGUAGUUUCAAACCAAAAUCUGUGGUUUAUUUAAAAAGACAGCGCCUAUUUAAAAAUGUGUUUAGCUGAUUUCGGAGACGACAAGUGGGAGCUCAGUGAUUAUGUAUCUGCCUAGAGCAGUCUCAACUCUGUCU